AUGAAACUAGUGAGCUUUCCCUAUCAUUUGUUGAUUGCUGCUUGUGUAGUGUUACUUCUUGGCAAAGUUAGUGCAUGGAGAUAUUCUGUGAAAACUCUUGCUACAGGUCUAGGCAGUAUUUCUCAAAUUGUUGGCUCUCCAAAAUAUAUUUAUGUUACACUUGGCUCCAGUUCAAAGAAGAUUUAUGCCUACGAUAGACAAUUAUUGGCCACUCAGUCUGUACAAACAUUGCAACAAGUCCACGAUAUAACAGCAUCAUCAAACAAUAUUGGUUAUAUUGCUUAUCAUGGCAAUGAUUCGAAUGACGCUGAAGUGAUAUCAGUAGCUGGCAAUAAUUUUCCAAACAAUGUGGGUUUGUACUGGUUUACAUGCUCAUCAACCUGUUCCACUCCAACACCCUUCUCUUAUAAUAUAAGGGUCUCAGGAAUUAGAUCCCUAGGAAUUGAGAACUCAACUCCCAAACUUUACAUAACAAGACAAACAGCAAUUUACACUGGCACUCCUUCAGCAAAUGCUAUUGUAUCAACAACUGGAACAAUCAAUUUUAAAGCUUUCAAUGAUGUUGAUUAUAUUGGCAAUACAGUUUAUUUUACUGACUCAGGUGGAAACCUAAAAAUUGCAACAAGUUCAACACCAUUAAUCAGUGUAGGCACAUUUAGUGAUGGUGCCAGUGGUACUGCUCGUUUAUCUUCAGGCACAACAUUCAUCUCUGCACAGUUCAAUAAGAUUUUUAUCUCAGACACUGGAAACAGUAGAAUUAGACUUUAUGAUAUUGCUACAGGAAUUACAACUACAAUAGCUGGUGAUCCUUCUAAAUCAACAGCUGGAACAACAACUUUCAGUUUAUCCGACGUACCAACUAAUUACAAAUUCACACCAACAGGUAUUUGGAUUGAUAACUCUAAUGGUAUCAUUUAUUUUGCAGACACCAGUACCUUGAGAGCUUUAGUUCCAACUUGUAACAGUACUACAGAAGAUCAAUCUUCAACUUACCCUUUCUGUACUUGUAAAACUGGAUAUUCAUUGGUAAAUGGAGAUUGUGUUGCAUCCACUAGUUGUUCUCCAGGAUUGUGUAAUGACAAUCAAACAUGUACUGGCCCAGAAACUUGUUCUUGUAAGAGUGGAUAUUAUGGAACAAAUUGUGAUAAUUAUGACUGUUAUGGAACUCAGAAGGAUAAUCUUUCUGUAUGUAAUGGAAAAGGUGUUUGCGUUUCUCCAAACACGUGUAUUUGCACCAAUGCAAACUAUGAUGGCUUUAAUUGUAAUAUUACAACUUGUAAUUCUAUUCCAUCAACGAGUGGUAGUGUUUGUUCUGGACAUGGAAGUUGUACUGAUUAUAAUACUUGUGCUUGUAGUGAUACCAAUUCAUGGACAGGAUCUGAUUGUGGAACACCUGUAUGUGCAGCUGUGAGUGGAGGUGUUUGUUCUGGAAGAGGUAGUUGUACAGCUCCAAAUAUUUGUACUUGUAAUGAACCAUCAAAAUAUGGUGGAUCUUCAUGUGAAAUUCCAAAAUGUAAUGGAACACUUCAAGGCAAUUCUGGUGUUUGCAAUGGAAGAGGUUCUUGUAUUGAUGUUGAUACUUGUCAAUGCACUGUUCCAACCUCUUGGGGUGGUUCAUUCUGUGAAAAACCAUACUGCUCUGGAAUUUUACAAGGUGCAGCUGGUGUUUGUUCAAAUAGAGGUGUUUGUUCAUCUCCUGAUUCUUGUGUUUGUAAUGAACAAACAAAGUAUGGUGGUUCAAAUUGUCAACUUGUUAAAUGUGGAGGUUAUUUAGAAACAGACUCUGCUGUUUGUAACAAGAAUGGUUCAUGUAUUGCUGUUGAUACUUGUUCCUGUAAUUCAAAUUAUGAUGGCCAAUUUUGUCAAUAUCCAAAAUGUAAUGGCAUUGCUUCAAAUAGUGGUAGUGUUUGUAAUUCACAAGGAUCAUGUGUUGCACCAAAUGUCUGCUCUUGUUUCACAAAUUAUGCUGGACCAUUAUGCGAAUAUCCAAAAUGUAAUGGCGUAGCUUCCAAUGAUGCAAGUGUUUGUAGCUCGAAUGGUACCUGUACUGGUGUUAAUACUUGUGUUUGUAAUGUUAACUAUACAGGAUCAUAUUGUCAAUAUCCAAAAUGUAAUGGAAUAUCUUCAAACGAUGCAAGUGUCUGUAAUAACAAAGGUGGUAAUUGUAUUGCACCAAAUGUUUGUUCAUGUAAUUCAAGUUAUACUGGUCAAUUCUGUCAAUUCCCAAAGUGUAAUGGUAUUGGAUCCAAUGAUGCAAGUGUUUGUAGUGCAAAUGGUACUUGUAUUGGAAUUAAUAUUUGUUCAUGCAAUUCAAAUUAUGCUGGUCCAUAUUGUCAGUAUCCAAAAUGUAAUGGCAUUGCUUCAAAUAGUGGUAGUGUUUGUAAUUCACAAGGAUCAUGUGUUGCACCAAAUGUUUGCGCCUGUAAUUCAAAUUAUGGUGGUACAUAUUGUGAUAAACCAAGAUGUGGAACCUUUUACAAGGGAGAUGCUUCUGUUUGUAAUUCGAGAGGUAGUUGUGAUGCUGUUGAUAGUUGUACUUGUAGUGAUACUUCUUCUUGGGGUGGCAAUUUGUGUCAAUAUCCAAAAUGUAAUGGUGUUCUUUCAAAUAUUGGAACUGUUUGUAGCAGUAGAGGUACUUGUCAAUCUCCAAACAAUUGUUCAUGCACUGAUCCAAAUUCAUAUGGUGGUUCAUAUUGUGAAAAAGCAAAAUGUUAUGGAAUUCUUCAAGGAGAUUCAAAUGUUUGUAGUGGACAUGGUACUUGUAGUGGUGUGAAUCAAUGUUCAUGUAGUGCUGGAUAUGGAGGUGAACAAUGUCAAUAUCCAAAAUGUUUCAAUAUUUUGAGUAAUGAAACAACAGUUUGUAACAAUAGAAACGGUACUUGUACUGCUCCUGACACUUGUUCAUGUAAAAAUGGAUGGACUGGAAGCAAGUGUGAUGUUGCCAUUUGUUAUUCAAUUCUCUCCAAUUCAACAAGUGUUUGUUCAAACAAGAGAGGUAAUUGUGUCACACCAGAUAAUUGUGUUUGUAAAAGUCAAUAUUCAGGUUCUCAAUGUGAAUAUACCACUUGUUCUGGAAUAAGAUCAGAUCAAACAUCGACAGUAUGUUAUGGAAAUGGUCAAUGUAUUGAUUAUAAUACUUGUAAUUGUACAACUGGUUAUGGACCAUCCAAUGUAUGUCAAUAUCCAAUUUGUGGUGGUUAUUUAGCAAAUGAUGCCAGAGUUUGUAACAAUUCAAGAGGUGUUUGUUCCAAACCAAAUACAUGUAGACCAUUAGAUCCCGUAUGUUAUGGUAAAGCUCAGAAUAAUUCAAUGGUUUGCAGUGGAAAUGGAGCAUGCGUUGAUUGGGAUUAUUGUGAAUGUAAAACUGGUUUCAAUGGAAAUGAAUGUCAAAAUUGGGAAUGUUAUGGAAAGAAUUAUACCAACUCAAAUGUCUGUAACAAUGGAAAUGGUACCUGUUCAUCUGUGAAUAAUUGUGUUUGUAACAGUGGAUGGUAUGGAAACGAAUGUACAGUUCCAAUGUGUAAUGGAAUUCUUGGCAAUUCAUCUCUCGUUUGUAACAAUAGAAAUGGUACCUGCUCCAAACCAGGUGCAUGUCAAUGUAAUACUGGAUACACAGGACCUGAUUGCUCCAUUCCAAUUUGUUAUGGAAAAUUAGGCACUGAUACAAGUAAUGUUUGUUCAGGAAGAGCAGAAUGUAUUGGUUAUAACAAGUGUAAUUGUGACACUUCCAAGUAUAGUGGUUCACAAUGUGAAUAUUUCAAAUGUUUUGGUAUUCCAUCAAAUGAUGCUUCAGUUUGCAGCAGAAACGGAACAUGCUCUGGAGUGAAUCAAUGUUCUUGUAAUUAUGGUUAUGGUUCUUCAAAUUGUGACACUUUCACAUGUUCAAAUGUUCUUGCCACCAAUUCAAGUGUUUGCAGUGGAAAGGGUGUAUGUUAUGGAAUUGACAAGUGUUCAUGUGAUUCAGGAUAUUUCAGUACCAAUUGCGAGCUAUUUUCUUGUUAUGGAAUUCCAAAGUCCAACAAUACUGUAUGUGGAGGAGUUGGUGAAUGUUCACAACUUGAUACAUGUGUUUGUGGAAGCAAUUAUAGAGGAUCAAUGUGUGAAUUAUCUUACACCUCUUCAUCUCAAGCAACACUUCAAUUCAAUAAUACGAAUGAAUAUGUGAAUGAACAAUUCACAAGCAUGGCCACUUUGACAAUUAAUAAUCCUCUCUUCGGUCAAUAUUAUUUGAGAAGAAGUGUUCAAGUUGUUGUUUCAUUCCAAAUUAAUUCACAAUUCAGUUAUUCUGAAACACUUUAUAUUGAAAAUGGAGUUUCAUCUGUUUCAUUAAUGGUGAAAUCAUUGAGUCAAACUGGUACAUUGAAAGCAUCUGCUCAAUUAAUUGAUAAUAGUACAUUGAUUUCCAUUUCAGAUAGUAUUCAAUCUUCAAAUAGCAUUACAAUUCAAAAUAGACCUAUUGUUGUUCCAUCCACAAAGACAUCCACAACCAAACCAACAACCUCUGCACAAACAAGUAGAGCUGUUAUCGAUACAGGAAGUAAUGGUGGAGCCAUUGCAGCUGGUAUCAUUGUUCCAGUGGCAGUUAUUGGAAUUGGAGGUGGUGUCACUGCAGCCAUUGUCACAGCAGUUGUUUUAUUAAAGAAGAAGGCUGCUGCAGCUGCUGCCAAAGAAAUUGCACAUGCCCAACACGUCAAUGUUGAACUAGCUGAAGGUUUCUAA